AUGGGCUUGAUUAUGUGGUUGUGGGUGGUUGGAUUUAUUGUAGAGAUGGUCAGUGUUUUUGGUGCACGUUUCUCCUGCAGUCUGCAGGGCAGAUUUAUUUCAGAAAGUCUCUAUAAAGAGGGAGAUGUGAUAAUUGGUGGUCUGUUUCCAGUUCAUGUUGAAGCACCACAGCCUUAUCAUGCUUUUACUCAAUUACAGCAUCUUUCUCGCUGCCAGGGUGUUAAUCUUCGUUCAUACCGCUGGCUCAGAACUAUGAUCUUUACAUUGGAGGAGAUUAAUCGGGACCCUGUACUGCUUCCAAACAUUACUCUGGGGUACCUGAUAGCUGACACCUGCCUAACUGAGGGCACAACACUGAGUGCUGCUUUAGCUCUGGUUACAGGGCAGGAGGAGAGAGUGUUGGGAGCAGAAUGCAGCAGAACACCAAUGGUGCCUGUCAUUAUCGGUGACGCUCGUUCAUCUGCCUCAAUAGUGGUGGCUGACACACUGGGAGUGUUUGAUGUCCCCAUGGUGAGUUAUUUUGCGUCCUGUGCUUGUCUCAGUGACAGUCACAGAUUUCACACUUUCCUGCGCACUGUCCCCAGUGAUGCUUUCCAGGCCAAGGCUAUGGCCCGUCUGCUGCACCUGCUGGGAUGGACCUGGGUGGGGGUGGUUGCAGGGGAUGAUGAAUAUGGUAAAAGUGGCGUGCAGAUCCUUUUGAAAGAACUGGAAAAUACAGGGGUCUGUGUGGACUACCUGGAAUUCAUUCCAAAAUCACACUCACAAAGCAGGAUCAGGCGGAUUGUGGAGAGGAUCCAGAGUUCCACAGCUCGUGUUGUGGUAACAUUCGCCAUUGUCCCUGACAUAAAAGUCCUGUUCAAAGAAGUGGUGGUGCAGAAUGUUACCGACAGGCAAUGGAUAGCCACGGAGGCCUGGAGCACCUCUAUUCUGUUCUUUGACCCAGCAAGCAGUUCUCUCCUAGCUGGUACCAUUGGCUGUGCACUGCGUCGGGCUGAUAUUCAGGGUCUUGGUGCUUUUCUUGCCCAGCUGAACCCUGUGAAGCAGCCAAAUGAACCAUUUGUUAAAGAUGUUUGGGAAGAAAUUUUUGGGUGCUCACUGGCACAGGACUGGCAGCCUUCAUCUAAAAUUCCAAAGUGCACAGGCACAGAGAAUGUGGAGAAAUAUGGCAGCGUCUACACCGAUAUUUCACAGCUGAGAGUCACUUACAAUGUGUAUAAGGCUGUGUAUGCUAUUGCCAAUGCUAUUCACAACAUGAUGACCUGUCAGCCUGGUAGAGGGCCAUUUGAAAAUGGAGAAUGUCCUGAUGUGAUUCAAAUAAAGCCCAGGCAGCUUCUGCAUUACUUAAAUGCAGUAAACUUCACAACACCAGUGGGUGAGUUGGUUUGUUUUGAAGAUAAUGGCGAACCAUCUGCCUCUUAUGACAUUAUAAACUGGCAUGUCGAGGAAAGUGGAGCAGUCAGUUUCAUCCAGGUUGGGCAAUUUGAUGCAGCCAAAGGACAAGGCCAGGAGCUGUACAUCAACCUUGAGAAAGUGGUCUGGGGAGGGGGCUGGGUGGACCAGGUUCCUGUAUCUGUGUGCAGUGCAAGCUGUCUUCCAGGCACUAGAAAGGCUGCACAAAAAGGAAAACCUGUCUGCUGUUUUGACUGUCUCCCUUGUGCAGCAGGGGAAGUCAGUAACAUGACAGACUCUACAGAGUGCAUGAGAUGUCCUGAGAGGUUCUGGUCAAACACUGAAAGAACAAGGUGCAUACCAAAGGUUGUGGAGUUUCUGUCUUUGCAAGAUACCAUGGGAAUUGUCCUGACAGUCUUAUCUGUCACCGGGGCGACACUGACCACUACUAUUCUGGGAGCUUUUUUCCUUCAUCGUGACACACCCCUCGUACGGGCCAACAACUCAGAGCUGAGCUUUCUGCUAUUGGUAUCGCUCACCCUUUGCUUCCUGUGUGCACUAGUUUUUAUUGGCCGCCCUGCGCCGUGGAACUGCAUGCUACGUCACACCUUGUUUGGAGUCAGCUUUGUGAUCUGCAUUGCCUGUGUCCUCAGUAAGACUGUGGUGGUUUUAGUGGCUUUUCGGGCCACUCUGCCUGGAUCUAACUUGAUGCAGUACUUUGGACCCAUCCAGCAGAGGGCAGGCAUCUUCCUUUGCACGCUGGUUCAGAUUGUCAUAUGUUUACUGUGGCUGCUGCUGGCUCCCCCUCUGCCCACAGAGAGUGCAGGAGGUGAGCUUGGUGCUCGAGUGAUCCUGCAGUGCACGGUGGGAUCUGUUGUGGGGUUUGUACUAGUACUGGGGUACAUCGGUCUGUUAGCAGUGGUCUGCUUCCUGCUGGCCUUCUUUGCUCGAAAACUCCCAGACAAUUUCAAUGAAGCUAAAUUCAUUACUUUCAGCAUGCUGAUCUUCUGUGCUGUGUGGAUUGCAUUUGUGCCAGCUUACGUCAGCUCACCGGGGAAGUACACAGUAGCUGUGGAGAUUUUCGCUAUUUUGGCUUCCAGUUAUGGCCUGUUGCUGUGUAUAUUCACCCCAAAAUGUUAUAUUAUUCUACUUAAACCUGAGAAAAAUAUAAAAAAGAACAUGAUGGCUAGAUAA